AUGGCACUCCCGCUACCGUCGGGCUUGACCCACGCCGAAGUGGCUUUCGUAGCCGAGAUGGAGCUGGUCACUGUCGUUCCGCGCCAGCGCCUCGAGAGCAUUGACCUGCUAGGUGGCAAAACCCCCUCCCUCCGCCCCCCGCAUAGAACCGACCUCCCCCUCUGGCUAGCCCUCCUCCUCAAAAAACAACGCCGCGCCAACAUCCUCCCCCCAGCCUGGCUACACCCCUCCUCCCUCGCCGAAAUCAUCCGCCGCGAAACCCGCGACGACCCAGACGCUUUCUCCCCACCCCCGCCUAUCCCUUCGCGCGCUGACCCUUCACGGCCCGGGUUUGCGGCGCGUCAGCAGGGGUUGGAUUCAACACAAGAUGGGGAGGAUGGGAUAAGGAUAUCGGCUCCGUUUAGGGGCUCGGCGUGCACGGCGGAUGCGCCGGCGGGGUAUUUGCCGUAUCACUGGUUGGAGGUUGCGGAGGCGUUGUUGACGCACGCGGGGGAUGAUAUCGCCGGGGCGACUGCCGGCGGCACGACCACCGGCGGUGGCGGAACGGGGAGUAGCGCUGGGGAAGUACGUGGGUUGUUGCGGGACUUGGUGGAGGUACGGGCGGCGAAGAUGAGGAGUAGUACGGCGCGGUUGGAAGGGUUUGGGGGUGGGUUGAUGAGUUUGCGUGGGGUGGGGGCGAUUGAACUUGCGGAGAGUAGGGGGUUUGUGUUGGGGGUUGUGGAUGGGGUACGGAAGGUUGGGGCGAGUGCGGAGGCGGCGAGACGGGAGGACGAGGAGGAGGAGGGAGGGGGGGUUGGAGGGGGAAGGGGGGAUGGGUUUGGGGAGGAGGAGAGUGAUGAGGAUAUGGGGAUUUGA